AGAAGGGAGAAGAUGCUCAAUUUCACAGAUGUGACUGAAUUUAUUCUACUGGGCUUAACCAGCAGAAAGGAACUGCAAGUUCUCUUCUUUGUCAUUUUUCUCAUGGUCUACAUAGUUACCAUGGUGGGCAACAUUGGCAUGAUGAUAUUAAUUAAGAUCAGUCCACAGCUCAGCAGCCCAAUGUACUUUUUCCUGAGUCAUUUGUCAUUUGUUGAUGUGUGGUUUUCUUCAAACGUCACUCCUAAAAUGCUGGAAAACUUGCUGUCAAAGACAAAAAAAAUUUCUUAUUCUGGCUGCUUAGUACAGUGCUUCUUCUUCAUUGCCCUUGUUCAUGUGGAAAUCUUCAUUCUUGCUGUGAUGGCCUUUGACAGGUACAUGGCAAUUGGAAAGCCUCUGCUCUAUGGUAGCAAAAUGUCCAGGGUGGUUUGCAUCCGACUUAUUUCUUUCCCCUACAUAUAUGGGUUUCUGACUAGUCUGGCUGCAACCUUAUGGACUUAUGGCUUGUACUUCUGUGGGAAAACUGAGAUCAACCACUUCUACUGUGCAGACCCACCCCUCAUCAAGAUGGCCUGUGCAGGGACUUUUGUGAAAGAAUAUACAAUGAUUAUACUUGCAGGCAUUAACUUCACAUACUCACUUUCUGUAGUCAUUAUCUCCUACCUGUUCAUUCUCAUUGCCAUUCUCAGAAUGCGUUCUGCAGAAGGCAGGCGCAAGGCAUUUUCCACCUGUGGGUCUCACCUCACAGCAGUUGUAAUAUUUUAUGGCACUCUCAUCUUCAUGUACCUCAGACGUCCCACUGAGGAGUCAGUGGAGCAAGGAAAGAUGGUGGCUGUGUUCUACACCACUGUGAUCCCCAUGUUGAACCCCAUGAUCUACAGUCUGAGGAAUAAGGAUGUCAAAGAAGCCAUGGACAAAGUGAUUAGCCGAAAGUGCUUAAUUAAGUAA